UGGCCGAGCUGACCCUUCACUGGUACCACUUUCAACUGCCACUAACUGAGGGAAUUACAUUGUGUUCAACCACGUUUAUUUAUCUUUCUGUUGUUGCCUCUGUUUCGAGGUGAACCUGUACAAAACUACUCUAGGAUCAUUUCCGUUGUUACAGCAACACUGAAAAGUCUUUGCGACGUAAGAGGUGAUAUGUGGUUAAAAUGAAGGCUGGUGACCCCAUUCUGAAUGAUGAAAUUGACCAGUCAAUAAUAACUGGACUGGGCCGGAAUUCCAACUUAACUGUUGAUGAUGACUGUAUUCUGGAUAUGGCUGGCCCACCACAGGCUACUUCCACAGUGGGAAAUAAGAAAUCAAGAGAAGACCUAGCCAGAAAAUAUUUAAUUGCACUGGAAGAGGCAAGUGAGGGCUUCUCAGAUGGAUCUGGACAGUUCAAGAAUACUGUUGGUAGCUCUCAGAUUGCCAAUAAGGAUCAUUCACAGUCUCAUCGGACUGUACUGGAAAGUUUGGCAGUUUCUGAAAAACGGAUACAUAGCACACUCCAAGGAAAAUCUUUAACAAGGGAGCCUUCCUGCUUUGGGAGUAUGUUGGAUGUGCCACUUAUCAAUAUAGACAACUUGAGUGGUUUGUCAACAAGUAGGUUUUUAGUCGACCACACCAACUUGUCAACUGGGGAAAUAUCAAAAUGUCAACUGCAGUGAGACAAUUCUAUGUGUGUGAUGCUAAAAAACAGGAAGAAAGGAAAGACAAGUUGAUUAGAAGUCCUCCACCUGAAGUUGUUCAAAUAGAUAGUGAUACAGACUUAUCAGGAGGUGAAGACUCUGAUCUCAGUCAAGGAAAAGUUGAAGAUUUGCUCCCAUCUGGUUUGGAUGGAAAGUAUUUGCAACACAGUCUUGAUAUUAUGAGGUGUCAAGAUCCUCACAUGUCUCAAGAUAGAUCUUAUGCACUCUCUACUCACACUGAAGCUAAAGGGUGGCAUUCUGAUAGUACAGCAUGUGAUGUGGAGGGCUGGAUUGAGGGUCUACCAUCCACACUUCUUCAACCUCAACACUCAUUGUUAAAUGAAUGCAAUGAGAAAGAAAUUGACAGCCUUUCAAAAUUGGCUUCUCGUGAGUGGGAUACUAGAGAUGAGGUCCUCAAGACAGCCAGUUUUGAUGAUGAUUAUGAUGAUGAUGCCUUUGUUAGCAAUAAGGUUCGGUUUGAUGCAGGUCAGAUUUCAGCUCGGUCAACAAUUUUUGGUAAUGAGCUGGAAGAAUCAACUACUAUCCACAUCAUGUAAUUCUCUGGGGUCUUUUGGUGA